AGCUCUCCCCGGGGCAGCAGUACUAGGGAGUGUGUCUCUUUAAUGAGGCUGGGCUUGGAGCAGCUCUGCUGCUGGCACAGGAGUGAGGGAUGGAGCGAGGGCGGUGAAGGAGCCAGUGCCAGAGAGGGAGCCUGCAGCAGGGAGAGGCAGGGAAGGACCGCUCACCCCCCUGGGCACCACAGCCCCCAGCCAGAGGGGCAGGAAAACCCACCCCCAGGGCAGGGGGCUCUGCACAGGGCAGGGACCAGUGGGUGCUGAGCCGAGCCUGCAGCCCCUGUGUCAUCCUCCUCCUCCAGCCACUCACCGAGGCACCAUGCCGGGCCUGUAUUCCCUCUCCUCCUGGGAGGCUUUGCCCCUGAAGAGCUCCAGGGUGAAGGCUUGUGCCAAUGGGUACUCCCUAAGCAUCACUGCUCACCUUGCGUACACCAACCCCCACGAGGAGCCUGUGGAAGGCAUCUUCAUCUACCCGCUGGAGGAGUCGGAGGUGGUGGCCGGCUUUGAGGCGGUGGCAGGCAGCCGACGGGUGACAUUCCAGGUCCAGAACCGGCACCGGGCACGGGAUUGCUGCCUCCAGUGUGGCCCCAGCCCCAGCCGGCCGCGCCGCUGUGCCAGCGGCCACCUUGUCCUGGACGAAGACACAGAGCGCUCCACCUUCAUCAUCAUCACGGGCACGCUGUGCCCAUUGGAGACCCUGGACGUCACCCUGAGCACGGCGCAGGAGCUGCCCACGCUGCCGGAUGGGGCCCUGCGCCUCCACCUGCCCCCCGUCCUCGUGCCCCGCAUCCCCGCUGUCCCCGAGAGUGAGCCGGCAAGCUUGUGUGACGACAGGUUGGCCCUAUGCCCCACCAGCUGCUUCAGGGGGCCGGGUGCCCGGAGCCCGCCAACCCCCACGGUGCCUGCAGAGAGCAUCGAUGUCUUUCGGGGACGACCUUGCAACCCCUUUCCUUAUGAGUUUGCCUUCGAGCUGCUGGUGAAGGGCCCGUGCUUGCUGGCAGGGCUGGAGAGUCCAACCCAUGCCCUGCGAGCAGAUGCCGACCCCUGGGCCAGCUCUGCUGCCACCACCCGCGUCACCCUGGCUGAGCCCCACUGCUAUGACAGGGACCUGGAGAUCAUCCUCUACCCCUGUGAGCCUCACCACCCCCACCUGGUGAUGGAGGAUGGCACCAUGACGUACCCCGAGUAUGAGGCCCACGUCCGGAGCCGCCGGGAUUACGCACGGAUUGCCAGGAAGGAUCGCAGCGGCGAGAGACAGGUGGCUUUCGUGCAGAAGCGUUUCCACAAAGACAUCUUCCCCAACCCUGUGCUGAUGUUGAACUUCUGCCCGGUGGUGGAGGGUGUCCCUGGGGACCUGCAGAACGUCACCCGCGAGGUCCUCUUCCUCAUCGACUGCAGCAGCACCAUGAGCGGCCCUGACCUCAACAAGGUCAAGGAGGCUUUGCUGGUGGCCCUGAAGAGCCUCCCAUCGGGGACGCUGCUCAACGUCGCCGGCUUUGGCACUGAUGUCAAGCCGCUCUUCCCAUCCAGUCGCCUCUGCAGCAAUGAGACGCUGCGCCGAGCCUGUGAGCACCUCGGGGGGCUGCAGGUGGACACGGGUGGCACCAACCUGUUGGUGGCCCUGGGCUGGGCGCUGGCGCAGCCCCUGCACCACAGCUAUCCCCGCCAGCUCUUCCUCUUCACUGACGCGGCAGCGGGCAACACGGGCAGGAUCCUCCGGCUGCUGCGCAGGCAGGCCAGCACUGUCAGGUGCUUCAGCUUCGGCAUGGGCCCACGGGUGUGCCGGCAGCUGCUGAAGGCCAUGGCCAAGGUCAGCAGGGGCCGUGCCGAGUUCCUGAGCCCAGCUGAGAGGCUGCAGCCCAAGCUGAUCAAGUCCCUGAAGAAGGCGAUUGAGCCAGCCAUCAGCGACAUCACCAUCGACUGGUACCUCCCUGAUAGCAUGGAGGCCCUGCUCUCGCCCACUGAGCUCCCAGCCCUCUACCCUGGCGACUGCCUCGUCAGCUACUGCGUCCUCUACAGCAUUGCCCGCUUCCGCGACAGGCGCCCGCCGGGCCGGGAAGGGGCUCGCCGAGGCUCCCGCAGCUCAGCCUUGCCCUCCCGGGAGGAGAUGCCCAGUCCCGGGGAGAGCCAUCCACCACCCCGGAGCACCCUGGGAUCCAGGGAUGCCUCCCUGGAGCUCUCCACGGGGGGCACAGAGGCAUCAGAACGGAGUGUGGAUCCUGUUUCGGGGGGAGACAUCUGGAAGCGGAUUUACCAGCCUUCGUACAUCCAGGAGCAGUAUGUCCUGACGCACUGCUCCGUCAGCACCAACCGCAGCCAGGGGCUGCUCUCCCGCAGCUCCACCAGCAGCGAGUCCACGGGCUCUCACGACGUGGCCCCUGAGGGCGGCUCCUCAGCCCCUGGCACGGAUGCCACCUCCCAGCAGGGCCAAAAGAGCCUGUCCCUCUGUGAGUCCUCCACCAAAUCUGCCCCGCUGCCCUCUGCCUCGGCUGGCACCAAGGUGCCAGUGGCCCUGAGCACGGAGGAGCUGGCACGGCAGAAGAAGACGCUGGCACGCGCCGCCCUGGCCGGCCGCAGCUUUUCGUCGCCGCAUGGGGAGCUGGAUGCCCGCCGGCUAUGCCGGGCUCUGGAGAAGGUGUCGCAGAAGAGGAACCAGUCCCUGGAGGGGCAGCUGGACCAGCUGGGAUCCCAGGCACGGCGGCUGCAGCCCAGCACGGUGGAGUCAAAUAACCUUCUCUCGCCCACCCACCUGGACUGGGACAUGCUGGUGGAGCCCUCCUACCUCUUCAGUGCCUCGCCGGUGCCCGAGCCAGGGGAGCCCAGCCCAGGCAAUGCCAGCCUGCCCCUGCGCUGCCAGGUGGUGAUCCACGCACUGCAAGCUGGCAAACCCGUGUCCUGGGAGGUGACAGCAUCACUGGAGCCGCUGCUGCAGCCCCGGGAGGGGCCAGAUGGGGGGGACCCCCUGCGACAGGGGGGCAAGAGCUGGGACAAGCCGCUGCACCGCUUGGCCGCACGCUCUGUCAUUCAAGACAACGAGAACGCAGCACAGCGGGAAGCUGAGCUGCAGCAGGGUUUUGCCCGCAGGUUUCGCUUGAAAGCCGUGCAAACCAGCAAAGCCUGCAACGUGCCUUCCCUCUACACCCGCCUGGUGUCCGUGGACGGUGCCACGCAGGCAGCCCUGCCCGCAGCCCCCGAGCUGUGGGGCACAGCUGGCUCGGCCAGCCGGCCACGAGCCACCCCGUCAGGGAGCUGGCCCCGCAGGAGUUCCUCAGCAGGUCUGGGACAGCAGCACGACAGGGAGGAGCAGGAUGAGGCUCCUAUCGCUGCAGAUCGAGUUGAGACCCCUGGAUCUCCAGCCAGCAUCUCCUCCCCCACCUAUGGCUGGGAAAAGCCAAACUGCUCCAAUGGGCCCCCAACCAGCCCCUCCACCACCUCCAUGGGCUCCCAGAAAUCCACAGAGAGCAUUGCUGGCUCCAGGUUCAGCCUGGGCAGGCGCAGGGGGCCCAGCCUGGUGCUGCGCCCACAGUGCCUCAGCCCGGAGAGUGAGUGCUCCAGCAACCACGCCAGCCACGACUACCUCCCGCUGGUACAGCUGCAGCAAGCCCGGGGGCCGUUCCAGCUCACCGAGAGCUUCUCCGAAGUGGUGCAGAUACCCCUGGACCGCCUGCGCCGUGCCUCCCCCUAUGCCUCCCACCGCGCCAGCCUCAGCCCCACAUCCCCGGGGGCUAGGAGCAGCCCCGAGGCAGCGCCCGGCGGUGAGGAGGGCGAGGACCCCCCCGCAGGCCCCCAGCCCGGCUCGCCCCCGUCCCGCAGCACCUGCUCCGAGGUGCCGAGCGCGGCAGUGUGGGCGCAGGCGGACAGCGGGCACGGCUCCGAGUCCGACACCGGCCCCCACUCAGCCGCCCCCUCCGAAACGGGGCUGAGCUGGCAGGAUGCAGGGCCAGAGGACCUGGAAAGUGCCAGCUGGGCCACGGCGGUGGCCUUGGCGUGGCUGGAGCAUCGCUGUGCCGGCUUCUUUGAGGAGUGGGAGCUGGUGGCGGCCAAGGCGGACGCGUGGCUGCAGGCGCAGCGGCUGCCCGAGGGGCUGGACGUGGGAUGUCUCAAAGGGGCGGCCAGGCACUUGUUCCUGCUGCUGCGGCACUGGGACGAGAACAUCAAGCUGAACAUGCUGUGCUACAACCCCAACAACGUCUGACGGCCAAUAAAGACGCCUGGCUCCACCCUGCGUCUCUGUUACAGGCAGCGAGCCAGCGGCUGGUUCAGGCCACACUGGGGGUACCAGAGCCCUGGGGGUGGGUUCACCCCAUCCCAGUCAUCUCUUUUUGGGGGGAGCAGACAGAGAACUAGGAAAAGCCGUGCUGGAGGGAUCGCUAUGCUGCAUCAAGGUGAUUCAAACCUUGAGA